AUGUCGCAGGAAAGGUGUGUAGCUGUUGACGCUCUGUCUCUUGUUGCUCGGACACUGAAUAGAUCCAAAGCUCAUCUCCGAUCAAUACUUUUACAGAGUAAUACAACUGUACUUGAGGAUUUCUAUGUGCAUCUAGUGGAUGCUAUUCCAGAUCUUAUAGAGCAUGUUCAUAAGACAACAACAAGACUCCUUCUUCAUGUUAAUGGGUACGUCGAACACAUUGCUAAUUUUAAAUGGGAAGUGAAAGAGUUAGGUCUAGAGCAUAAUGGGUAUGUUGAUUUAUCUGGGGAAUUUAAGCAUUAUGCAGCGCGACUUGCUCAUGGUGGAAUUCGUAAAGAGAUUCAAGACAAACUAUUGGACUAUAGACUUGAGAUCCUAGUAGAAACGCUUGUCAAAGGACUUUCACGGGUGAAGAGAUGUAGUGAUGAAGGACGAGCUCUAAUGUCAUUGGAUCUGCAGGCUUACUACCUUCCUGAUAAAGAAUAUGUGCAAUGGGCACAUGCACACCCGGUAAGGACAUUCCAUUUAUGUGGCUUCAUUACAAGUUCUCACACGAACUUUAAUAAAGAAUUCCAUCUUUUGCAGCUGAUAAUAGUUCAAGUGAAAAAAGUUCACCAUGUUCUCAUAAUCGUAAGUGAUAUAGUCAGUAGGGUUCAGAAUUUGGCAAAUCAGAAGUACAUUAUUGGUCAGUAA